ACACACUCUGCCAAGUUCCAAAAUCUUGGAAUCUUUUCCUAGUUUAGUAGUACUAGAAACAACAACAUUUUUAAUUUGGUUAAUAAUUAGCAGUAUUAAAUAAAAUAUUGAUUCAUUAAUUUUGUGGGUGUCUGUAUGAACAGUUACAUCUGGUAGGCUAGGCUAGGAGGAGGUGCGAGCACUUGCAAAUUUGCAAUUGCAACUCAAACUCCACGACGGUUCCUACUUCCUCGUCUAUUUCAACCCAUGCCAUGGCCUGUCUGAGCCGCCACCGCCCCUGGCUCGCCUCCUCCGACAUGCUCCACCACCGCCCUCUCUCCGCCCACCACCGCCCUCUCCACCACGACGACGCCGACGCCGACGCCGUUUGCCUCCCCCCGCUCUCCUCCGCCUACCGCAUCUUCCCCGUCUACGCCAUGGGCGCACCCGACCCCACUCCCGCGCCCCAAUUCGACGGACCCGACCCCAUUUGGGACGCCGUCAGACAGGAAGCCAAGCUCGAGGCGGAGAAGGAACCCAUUCUGAGUAGCUUCUUGUACGCUAGUAUCUUGGCGCAUGAUUGCUUGGAGCAAGCAUUGGUGUUCGUCGUCGCUAACCGUCUCCAGAACCCCACUCUCUUGGCCACGCAGCUUAUGGAUAUUUUUUCCAAUGUCGUUAUGCAUGACAAACUUAUCCAGCGAUCCCUUCGUCUUGAUGUUCAGGCAUUUAAAGAUCGGGACCCUGCUUGUUUGUCAUAUUGCUCAGCUGUUUUGUAUAUGAAGGGUUAUCAUGCUCUGCAAGUACAUCGAAUAGCCCAUGCAUUGUGGCACCAGGGACGCAAAGUUUUGGCCCUGGCUUUGCAAAGCCGUGUUAGUGAGGUUUUUGGAGUGGACAUUCAUCCUGCUGCGAAAAUUGGGGAGGGAAUUUUAUUAGAUCAUGGAACAGGUGUGGUUAUUGGUGAAACUGCUAUUGUUGGAAACAGAGUUUCAAUGCUGCACGGUGUAACAUUAGGAGGCACGGGAAAGGAAAUAGGUGAUCGCCAUCCCAAAGUAGGUGAAGGGGCACUAAUUGGAGCUAGUGCAACUAUACUUGGGAAUAUAAGGAUUGGUGAAGGUGCUAUGAUAGCUGCAGGCUCCCUGGUGUUAAAAGAUGUCCCUCCCCACAGCAUUGCGGCAGGGAUACCAGCAAAAGUUAUUACUGGUCUACAGGAGCAUGACCCAUCUUUAACCAUGAAGCAUGAUGCUACUAAAGAUUUUUUCACACAUGUAGCUAAUAACUUCAGAGAUGAAAUGCCCAAUGGAGCUAAAAAUCCUGAUAUAAAUGGAGUGAACAAUUGAGAGGUUCGGCAGCGCAGAGCUCAUUUGGCAUUCAUUGACUUCGAAGGAAGGAUGGUGUAUUGAUUAUAAUUAAUAUUAGAAUCAGGAUCAGUUCAAAAUGAUAAUGUGGAUCUCAUAUAUUAAUAGUACUUUCUACUUUUCAUAAUUACAUUUUAUGCAGCUGAGUGCUAGGGUUGUUGCACCAGUAUAGCAAAUUUCUGUAGACAAACUUAGAAGCAGAUGCUACUUGAUCUUGGCUUCUGCUUUUUAACUUCUUUUUUUGUCCUGGCAGCAUUGUAGGAGGAGGGGGGUAUUCGAUCUGGUAUUUAUCUCUUCAUAUAUACUAAAUAUAGUUUUGAUUUCUGCCUUGUAGUUGAAAAUAAGCAUUUUUCUUUAAUAAUAUAGAAGACAUUUAUGUUUA